AUGGAAGACACCGAGAGUUGCUGUAGCAGGCCCGUCGAUUUCUCCCCCACUCUCACCCGAAAGCAGAAGCUCAAAGUCAAUAUCUACAAUGAAGUUCUCCGUCGACUUAUGAGCUCAGAUGUCGCAGACGCCAAAGUUGCUGGUUUCGAAGAUGAACUCUGGGCUCAUUUUAAUCGCCUCCCCACUAGGUAUGCGUUGGAUGUGAAUGUGGAGAGGGCACAAGAUGUUCUCAUGCAUAAAAGGUUACUCCUUAUGGCACAUGACCCUGCCACUAGACCUGCAGUUGAAGUCCGUCUUGUGCAGGUUCAUUCUGCUUCUGGUUCAAACUUAUUGAGGAAAGCGGAUGCUCAAUGUUCUGCUUAUGCUAGCAAACAGAGCCAUCCACCACCAGCUUUUGGUUUGUCACCAGACCUUGAACUUGCUCUUGAAGCCGAGCAGUUACACGUUCACCAUGGGAAUAACACUGUGAGCACCAGUCAACUUUAUACACGGCCAAUGCAUGAAAUUACUAUUUCAACUAAUGACAAGCCCAAACUCCUCAGUGAGUUGACAUCCUUAUUAUCUGAUAUUGGACUGAACAUUCGAGAAGCACAUGCUUUUUCCACAACAGAUGGCUACUCUUUGGAUGUCUUUGUUGUUGAUGGUUGGGCAUGUGAGAAAACUGAGCGGCUUAGACAUGCACUGGCCAAAGAAAUACCAUGGAGUGAGAAGAAUCCUUGCUCGGAUUAUAAUGUUAUUUCCCCUAUUCCAGAGCAAGAGACUGGAAUGAUGUUUACUAAUGGUCAUGUAAGCUCACUCAAUAAGGAAAAAGAUAUAUGGGAAAUUGAUGCAACCCUGUUGAGAUAUGAAAAGAAAAUUGCAUCUGGAUUGUAUGGUGAUCUGUUUCAAGGUAGUUUCUGUGGUCAAGCUGUGGCUAUUAAAGUUCUUAGUAUGGAGCACCUGAAUGAAACUAUGAGGGAGUUUACUCAAGAAGUCUAUAUCAUGAGAAAAGUUCGGCACAAAAAUGUUGUUCAAUUAAUUGGAGCAUGCACUAAACCUCCUAUGCUUUGCAUCGUUACUGAGUUUCUGUCUGGUGGAAGUAUGUACGACUUUGUGCAUAAGCAAACGGGUGCUUUAUCACUUCAGUCCUUGCUCAGAGUCGCAAUUGAUGUUUCCAGGGGAAUGAACUACUUGCACCAAAAUAAUAUAAUCCAUAGGGACUUGAAAGCUGCUAAUCUUUUGAUGGAUGACAAUGGGGUUGUGAAGGUUGCUGAUUUCGGCAUCGCUAGAGUACAGGCACAAUCUGGCGUUAUGACUGCAGAAACUGGCACUUAUCGUUGGAUGGCUCCAGAGGUUAUAGAGCAUAAACCGUAUGAUCACAAAGCUGAUGUGUUUAGCUUUGGGGUUGUUCUCUGGGAACUGCUUACAGGAAAGCUUCCCUAUGAGAACUUAACUCCGUUACAAGCAGCAGUUGGCGUAGUCCAGAAGGGUCUGAGGCCUACAAUUCCAAGGCACACUAAUCCAAUGUUGAUGGAAUUGAUGGAGAGAUGCUGGCAGCAAGAGCCAUCAUUGAGACCUGAAUUCUCAGAAAUUGUGAAGAUGCUGCGGCACAUAGCCAGGAGGGUUGCAAAUGGAAGCGAGGAUAGACGAAAGGGAAAAUCGGCUAAAGUAGUUCCCACGUUCAAGCAAGACAGCGAAUGA